AUGGAGGGAAUUAAGAUAUUUGCACCUGACGUAGACCACGUGUGGUUACCUGGUGUUAUCUGUGGUACAAAAGACAAUGGUAAACAAUUAACUGUACGACUUGAUGAAGUCGUAGGAGUGCGAGAUAUGUCGGUACUCGAGUUCAUUCCGUCGGAGCGUGAACUCAAAUCUUUUGCUGGUACUCAACGUUCAGUCGAUUUGACUGAUUUAUCCGUAUUAGAAGCACUUAAUGCAAAGAAUACAUCGGUGGAAUCAGAAGAGAAUAAACCAUCAUUGCCGUUACAAAAUUCAAGUGAUAGUGCAAAUGGAUUUGAUGAUAUGAUUCUUAUUGAUCAUUUACACGAAGCAUCGAUUCUCUAUAAUCUGAGACGACGGUUUUUUCGACAAUUGCCAUACACUUAUACGGGUCGAAUUUGUAUAGCUGUGAAUCCAUAUCAAUGGCUAAAUUUAUACUCUAAACCUACGAUGGAAAGAUUUAGCGAUGGAAAACGAGAAAACAAACCUCCACAUGUUUAUGCUAUCUCCAUGGAAGCUUUUUUCAAUAUGAGACAAAAGCAUGAGAAUCAGAGUAUUCUAGUAUCAGGUGAAUCAGGCGCUGGAAAAACCGAGACAACAAAGAUUGUCAUGAGUCAUUUAGCAGCAUUGGCGACAAAUUCGAAUUCGAAAGUGAUUCAGCAGAUUAUUCAAGCAAAUCCAUUGCUUGAAUCAUUUGGGAAUGCGAAAACCGUGCGCAAUGAUAAUUCCAGUCGUUUUGGGAAAUUUACCGAGCUUCAGUUUACAAUUGAAGGUCAAUUAAUUGGUGCCAGGUCACGCACGUAUUUAUUAGAGAAAAGUCGAGUCACGACGCAAGCUCAUGGAGAACGGAACUUUCAUAUUUUCUAUCAAUUACUAGCACAGCGGAAACAGUUACCGACCUUGGAACUUGAUAUGGUCGAUUCAUUUAAAUAUGUGUCUGUAAAGACUCAAGGUCCUGGUGGUGAUGAUGAAGGUGAUCUGCGUCGCACUCGAGAAGCUCUUGAGCUUGUUGGCAUUGCACAGCCAUUGCAACAGGAGAUUAUCCAGAUUCUAGGUGCCGUACUUCAUUUGGGUGAGACAGAGUUUACGACGCGAAAUGGUGAUGUGGAUGCCUCACAACUUUUAGAUGUCAAGCAUUUUAGCGUAGCUUGUCGUUUGCUUGGUGUCGAGCCAGACGCACUGGAGCGUGCAGUGUGCAACCGUAAUGUAUUUGUGGGCCGUGAAGUCAUUCUGAAGCCAAUGACGCACGACCAGGCGGCCGAUUGUCGUGAUGCGUUGGCAAAGAGCUUGUACUCGAAGUUAUUCCUAUGGCUUGUGGAGCAGAUUAACCAGACUAUUGGAGUAAAGACCAAGGGGGUGGGGUCGUUCAUUGGCAUUUUAGAUAUCUUUGGUUUCGAGCACUUCGAGACCAACUCGUUUGAGCAGUUUUGCAUUAACUACGCCAACGAAAAACUGCAGCAAAAGUUUGUGCAGGACGUGCUGAAGACGGUACAGAUUGAGUACGAAGAGGAAAAUAUUUCGUGGUCUCACAUCACUUUUGCAGACAACCAGGACGUGCUGAACCUUAUUGAAGGUCGCCUUGGUGUUAUCAGCUUUUUAAACGAGGAAUCGCUACUUGCCACGGGUACGGACGCGUCAUUUGCAAGUAAAUUAGGUGCCGUGAUGGAAAAUAAUCCGCUUUUGGAGACUCCUCGGCUGAACAAGUGCGCUUUUUCCAUCAAUCACUACGCUGGUAAGGUGACCUACGACGCAUCGGGCUUUCUUGACAAACAUCGCGACGCUAUCCUGCCGGAUAUUAAGCAAUGCAUGAGCAAGUCCAAGCUUAAAAUCUUGUCCAAGAUGUUCACGGACGAUGUGAAUGCCAUUAAUGGUGAUAGUGGUACUAGCGCCCGUGGCAGGACGCGCAGCAGUGGUGUGAAAAAGGGAGGACACGCUCAAACGCGUCGUACAACGGUGGGCACACAGUUUAAGGAGAGUUUGUCACAGCUGAUGGAGAAAAUUGGACUUACGGAGGUACACUACGUGCGUUGUCUGAAACCCAACCCAUUAAAGAGUGCUCACUGCUUUUCACACGGAGAUAUCGUUAGCCAGCUGCGUUGUGCUGGAGUUAUUGAAGCCAUUCGAGUGUCUCGCAGCGCGUACCCCAGUCGCAUGCCGCACCUGGAAUGUAUAAAAAAGUUUCGCGUGCUUCUCACCGGUGCUAUUCCGACACAGAACAGAUUCUUGAACGACUCAGACACGGAACAUAGUAAGACUCAAUGUGAACAGCUGACAGAGAAGCUUUUGCCGGGACGCAACAUUCGUGACUAUCAAGUGGGUUUGACCCGUGUCUAUUUUCGUGAGGGUGUUUUAGAAGAGCUGGAGACAAAACGAGGCUGGGCGCUGCGGAAGUACGCAAGCGUGUUACAGAAGAACGUGCGCGGCUGGCUUGCGCGCAGGUAUUUCGUGCGACAAAAGCAGCAAAUUAUGGUCAUCCAAAAGUACUGGCGCCGCUAUGUCAUUCACAAACAGUAUUUGACGCUGCGUCGAGGUGUAGUGCAGCUGCAGGCUCAACUUCGCGGCGUUUUGGCUCGAAAGAUGUACCGUGUGCUCAAGUUUGACUACCGCAUUGUGCGUUUCCAGGCUCACUGCCGCAUGCACACGGAGCGGCAGCGUUACCUCAAGAAAGUAGCUGCUGCAACGCGGCUGCAGGGUUUUUUUCGUUUUUCGAUUUUGCGUCUUGUGUUUCUGCGCAAAAUGGAAAAGGAGAAAGCUUACAAAGAGCUUGGCUCCAAGGUAGCGCAACUUCAAAUGAAGUUGGAUAGAAAGCAGGUGCACACUGGAACGAAGACGUCUCCAUCCGGUAAAACUCAUUCACUGAGUCCGUCAGAUUUACCUAACGCGUCAGGGUCUAGCAGCGAUCGUGGCACAGGGAGUAGCAGCUCGACCCGGGGCUCGAUGAUUAAUAAUCGAUUCAGCGGGACUAGUGGUAUUUUAGAUGAGAGUCACGAAGUGAUCACUGCACUUCACGAAGAGAACGAAAAGUUGCGUCAGCAAUUAGAAAAGCAAGAGUCUGAAAUCCAGCGCCUUAAGACCGAGAAUCGUACGCUAAAAAACUGGCAACAGUCGAAGGAGGUGGGUGAACAGGUGCAGAAGCUGGCCUACCGCGACCAAGAAAGCAAGGACUUAACGUAUUUAGCGGCGAUCGAGACAGAAUACGAGAAGCUCCGUUCGUACAUUUGCGAAUUACGAGAGUUGCCUACAGACAUAGGCAGUAUUACGCAAGCGAACAGCGCUGUUCCGGCUUCUAAUAACCGUGGCUCGCUGUCAUCAUUGUCGUCAGAUAAGUCGCUUCUUGCCACGGCUGCGGUCAACGGCAUCAUGGACCAAAAAUCGGCCGAGGCGCACCACUUGCUCCUGAAAAGUGCUGCACGCAUUGGUCAUGCCAAGAGCAAGGUUUCUAGUAAGGGCAACGCACGUCGGGUGAAAGAUCAUUGGGAAGAGAUUCGUAAUUUCCCGCCGUCCAUGCACUAUAAUCUGGGUUCUGUGCCAUGGAAGCGGUUGCUUACGGAUUGGGCGCAGGGCAACCCGAAAAAGCUGGACUACAUGACGCGAUGGCUUAAGAACGUUUUAGAUGGCGGUCCAAUUGUGUCGGACACAUUUCCAAUGGGCGUUGAACUUAAGUACGUGACGCCGAUGAUGUUGGAUGGAUUUAUGCAGCUCGUUAUCCCGAAGCUUGCGGAGCGGCCAGAUAUUCAGGUGCAUGUGCACACGAAAGAAUUUAUUGGAACGAGCAUGCGGAUUACUCUGUCGCAAAUGGAGCAGCAUAAGGGUAAUGGUUGGGUUACUCCGGCCCAUCCCCGCGUUGAGCGGUCCCCACCGCUGGAGGUCGAAGAUUUCCAGCGGAUUUCGAUCCUCGCCAACAAUGAUAGCAGAAGUUCAAGCAGUCGCAUGUCCUCCUCGACGUUGAGUCUCUCGCCCAUGGAGUCAAGCUCGGGCAUGUCAUCAGGUAGCCCAAGUAGCUACCGCUCAAGCAUCUUUCGCUCAGGUCGUAGCAAUCACAACAGCGACCACAACCCGCGCAACUCUUUUUUCCAUCGGAAUAAGUAA